GUUCCUGACUUGUGAAACACCAUCAUAAAGGAGCAUUAGAAGCUGAUCUUGCUACAGAGUGCUUUGUAAUAACCAAAAAAGUUCCAGCAGUGCUUGUGCCUUCUCUACUGCAUCUAAGUAAAUGAAGGCACAUUCUCUGUUCCCAGAACUACUUUCUUGAUGCAACUAAUUUCUUUGGUGUUAGAAUAUUCAUGAAAUCAUCCCCUCACUCAGGUCAGGACACUUGAGUCUCUUGAAAACCAGUGAAAUGGAAGCCUUAGAAGUAGAUGAUAUCAGCCCUGCCUUGGAAGUGACAGAGGAUUUCUUCAGUUGUUUUGAUAGUAAGUUAGAAAAGGUGGUCCAGCAAGCUGAGGUUUAUGGCAUUCAGGAAGUCCCUGAACUGGUUGGACAUGAAGUAUUCAAUAAAAUAGCAGACAGUGGUGCCAUCAGGAGUGGCACCUCCCUGGGCAAAGGGAGCAGUAUCCUUUGGGAUAGCUGUCAAAAUGGCCUCUUAGAAACCAAAGUACAAAAUGUAUUCCCUGCCAAAGAACAGUUUAUAGUCCAGAGAGGUACAGCUCCUGAUAACCUCUCCUGGAUGGAACAAAGGGAAGCUUCAACUUUUAAUUUUUUCAACAUCUGUCAACGUCGGAAGGACAGGCCUCGGUCUGUGAAUGACUUACUGGAUGAGACCUCUUCUUUCAAGCCAGGUCAUACCCGAUCUCGGUCAGAUACUACCCACGUGGAGUGGGGAGUAGUCUCCAAAUCAACUCCUUUGCAGCAGCCAACUGUUCAAGGCACUCAGCCAACAAAGUCACUUUUCUUAUCACCAUCCCACCACAAAGGAAAGGAUGCUCAAGGAAAUACAGAACAUAGGCAAACAUUUCCAAAUAUUCUGAAGAAGGGUUACCUUGAAAUUAGGAAAGAUCAUGACAGUUACUGGCAAAGUUGUUAUGCUGAACUUUCACCAUAUAAUCUAUACUUCUACUGUCUUGAUAACAGUGGCAAUCAAAACCUUUAUGCCACUUACCAGCUUUCACGCUUCCAGAAUAUAUCGGUCCUGGGCAAUCUUGAGACCAGAAUGGUGGAUACAGUCCUAUCUGACAACACCCAGCUACAACUGAAGGCAGAGUCACCAUGGGAAGCCUUGGAUUGGGGACAGAAACUUUGGGAGGUAGUGCAUGCUGCGGUGCCAACUUACAUGGGGCAACGCGAUGAACUGGAAAACUCAUCAGUGCUAGGACAUGAUGACUUUCUUCAUACUCAGUGCUUACAGAAGUCCAAUGGGCUGCUCCAGUCAACUUCUUUCAUAGACAUCUCUAAACAGUACCAAAACAUCCUCAAGUCUGGGACACUCUAUAGACUCACUGUCCAAAAUAACUGGAAGGCUUUUACAUUUGUACUGAGUAAAGCCUAUCUCAUGGCUUUUCAGCCUGGUCGACUAGAUGAGGAUCCCCUGCUGAGCUACAAUGUUGAUGUAUGCCUGGCUGUUCAAACUGACAAUCUGGAUGACUGUGACUCCUGUUUUCAGGUCAUCUUCCCACAAGAUGUCCUCCGCCUACGGGCCGAGACUCAGCAAAGGGCACAAGAAUGGAUGGAGGCCCUGAAAACAGCUGCCAAUGCAGCUAGGAGCUUAGGGCAAAACCUACAAGUCACUCUUAGAAACAAAUCUAGGGACCAAAUGGGUGGGCAUGACCUCAGGAAGAGCAAACGUCAGUCUGUGACUACCAGUUUCCUGAGUAUUCUCACAACCUUGUCCUUGGAGAGAGGUCUCACAGCUCAGAGUUUUAAGUGCGCAGGCUGUCAGCGAUCCAUAGGUCUGUCCAAUGGAAAAGCCAAGGUGUGCAGUUAUAGCGGAUGGUAUUACUGCAGUAGCUGUCAUGUGGAUGACCAUUUUCUUAUCCCAGCACGGAUAGUUCACAACUGGGAUAUUUCAAAAUAUAAGGUAUCUAAGCAAGCCAAAGAGUUUCUGGAGUAUGUGUAUGAGGAGCCGUUGAUUGACAUCCAACAGGAAAAUCCCAUGUUGUACAGACAUGUUGAGCCACUGGCAACUGUUGUCCGUCUAAGGCAGCAACUGAAAUCUCUCCGAGCCUAUUUGUUCAGCUGCCGAGCUGCUGUGGCUGAGGAUCUUCGCAGAAGAAUUUUCCCCAGAGAAUACCUCCUUCAGCAGAUCCAUCUGUACUCUCUUGCAGACCUACAGCAGGUAAUUGAAGGAAAGCUGGCCCCUUUCUUGGGAAAGGUCAUUAAAUUUGCCACCUCGCAUGUGUACAGCUGCAGCCUAUGUAGCCAAAAGGGCUUCAUCUGCGAAAUCUGUAACAAUGGAGAGAUCCUUUAUCCUUUUGAAGAUAUUUCAACAAGCAGGUGUGAAAGCUGUGGUGCGGUUUUCCACUCUGAGUGCAAAGUGAAGUCAGUCCCCUGCCCUAGAUGUGUCCGUCGAGAGCUGCAAAAGAAGCAGAAAUCUUUCUGGAGGAGACUAAAUAUGGAUGAAAGCCUAGAAGAGGCAUGCAGCAUGUUUGAGCUGUCUUACCAGAACACAUGACUGCCAGCGGCAGGCCCUGCGCAACAACGAUCUGCUGGUUCGCUAACAGGUGGUACAGCAGCUACGGAUCGAGCCCGACAUAUACUGUGGGAGGGAGAUGUGUCUGUCCUUUAGCUAGAGAUACAGACACAUAUAUGUAUAUGUUUUCAUAUGUACCUAGGUACUGUCAAAAGGACCUCAAAGCCUUCGGGGCUUGAAAAUUACCCAUCGCUGAUUACGUUUUGUCAGGAUUUUCAGCUGCUUCAUCUCAAGCAAGAUGUGGUAUGCACAUGAUGCUUUAGAGGUCACAGCCUUUUCUUUUUGGCCCUCAGGAGCCAUUUUAUUCUACAGGCAGAAACAUUUUCUACCUUGCUUAUUAUUUCAUUCUGGGGGUUGUCAUUUAGUAAGCAACAACAGUGCUUCAGAUGAUUUUCGUGUUAUUUGUUUUUAGCCUUCACAGAAGCUGAAGCAACUGCAACAAGUUAACCCAUCAUGUUUCACAGGAAUAUUUUCAGAACACCGUGACUCCUCUUGGCUUCUUCCAGGAUCCUCUAUCACUGGCUGUGUCCCCCUCAUCUCAGUUUCUGCCUUGGGAACUAUAAUCCCCCUUCUGGUAUUUCACAAAGUGGAAUAUCUUGGAAGCUGUGCAUGGGUGCUUCUUCUGACAGCACUCAUCCCGAUUUCACCCAUGGAGCUAGUUCUGAUUUUAAAGUUAUUACACAUAUAAAUUUUGCUUCCUGAUAAAAGAUAAGAUUUCUAUGAAACACUAUAAUCAGACCAUUUGUUGAUAUAUAUCACAGCAGCAUUUUCUUCAUGGGGUGGCCACAGGCCAUAUAUGCCAGUUUACAUUCACAGCUAUUUUAAAUCAGAAAUGCUAUAGGAAAGCCCAGUGUCCUAUCAACAGGGGUGAUAUUUAUGGUUUUUAAUGGGGCUGGGCUCAGAAGAAAUUCUAUAAUUUUACCUAAUGCUGCAAUUAAUAGACUGGCAAAUACAGUCUAUAGCGAUCCCACUCCAGGAGAAGAUGCCUUCACUGUCUUUAAAGGAAAAUCACUCUAAUGCCUACAAAUUCUUCCCAACCACUGUCUGUUUUGGUUCCUAUCACAGCUGUUUUGGGUCUAUAACCUACCACUUCAUAUUAACUCUACUUUCAUGUUUCGUCAUUUUUUUUAAGUUUUGCAAUCCAUUUUAUUUAUACUGUUUGAGUACUAGGAAUAUAAGAAUAAGUAAUGACAUAAAUAUACUACUUUAAAAGGAAAAAAAAGCUAGAAAACAUAUCCACUUUAAUAAAACCACGAGUGCUAGAAUAAAUAGGAAGAGUACUUAGUUGCUUUGCUGCUGGACAGGGUUGUGGUGUUCCCAGAGCAGCAUCCUUUUAAAGGCCACAGGUACUAUUGUCACUGGGGCAGAAAUGGCAGGUGGGGCAGCCCUGGAAACAUGAUUUGCUUGCAUUCCCUUCCAUUUACUACAAUAUUAAAGCGUGUUGAUGUUGAAGGUGAAUCCCUAAUCGACUUGGGAGGUCCAUUUCAUUUCACUGCAGAUCAGAAGCCUUUGGCUUCUUUGUAAUUUGAUUGUUGCUGAGUUUUAAAAAUUUCACCUCACUUUGUGUCACAAAGAACCCUCCGUGAUUACAUUCAUCCUCUUUUCCUCUCUUUCUUCAGAACUCGGCACAUGUAUUUUUAUGUCACUCUCGCACAAAGGAAUAACUGAGCUGACUGGUGCUGGCAGGCAGUUGGAUGUGAACAUUUCACCUCUUGACUCACACCAGUCCCUCAUACUACAGACCACACAUUUAAACUUAAUAGCUAACCACCAGGCAUUUCAUUUCUGAAUUAUACAGUAGCUGGAGUGCUGUAGCCGAGGCAUGAAAACUUGUUAAAAGGCCAGGCCUAUUCAUAAGAAGCCUUAUGGUGCCUUUUCCUCUUAGAAAAACAGGUUAUCUUCACCACCACCACUCUACCCUCCCUUCCUUCUUCCCCUCCCUCCCCACCGUUGAUUACAUACAAAAGAAAAGGGGUGGAAAUUUUAAAAUAAGCACUUGGCAGACAGGCAAACAAUCUGAUCUACCCUCACCCCCCACGUUCCUGAAAUACAGUAUUUAUAUUUUCCAGCCUCAGAGAAGAUAGCAGAACAUGAUCUUUCACUAGAGAAUUAUAGACCUGCUUAUUAUAAAACAGAUGUGCUCCAAUGGCAAAGUGCCUUCCUCCCUCCACCCCCAAUUCCUUGUCACUGUAGCUUAUUUUUUGCCUUUGUUAUAAUUAAUGUAUCUGUGAUCCCUGCUUAGCCAUAGUGAGCUGCAUUUGGAGACCUGAGGAGUAGGAUUGCUCUUCUCUUCUAACACACUCAGUCUCUGUACACUUAUUUCCCAAUCUCAGAUCUUCCCCGGGUAAAGACAUCGAAUUUGGCCUCACAGGCCCCUUGGCUUUGUUUCACGAGGUGCCCAUGAAGGUGGCCUUGAUAAACAAGAGUCCAAAUGAGACCCAUGGGAAAACUGUCCACAUCCAUCAUUUUACGGAUGUUCCCAAAGGAAGACAUAGAAGUGAAAUUACAGUCACCCACCCAGAUCUCAAACAGUGGCCUUGCUGUUUUGGUCCUUUUCCCUCGUUGUGAAGCUUCACCAAGGGCCAGCUUCCACCGCCCUGGCUGACAGGCCUCAACUUAUCUUCUCUGCUCCCAUCCCAACAUCUGCUAGUGAAGAGGAUCAGAGACAUUUGAAUUUAUAUAUGCAGUGAAAAGGCAAAGUUGCCGUUUAUACCCCAGAAUGCCUUAGAAGAGUAUGUGGUACAUUUUUUUUUUACUGUUUUCAAGUCUAGUAAAUGGCUUUGUGUGGUGCAUUCUAGUCAAACUCGAUGCAAACCUCAUGGAUCACUGCCUUCUUAGCCGAGUGAAUAUCCUGCUUUCCCGUGUGUUCUGUUUCUCAUCCUGAGUUGAACGUCUUACACAUGAGGCAUAUAACAAAAUGGCCAAUUAAUCUCCUAGAGCUGGCAGCAGGUCCGAGGAACCUUUCUUCACUGAAAGGGCCAACCAAUUCCCUAGUGCAUCCCCUGAGGAAAUCAUUUCUACCAGUGCCAGAAACAUUGUAGGGUGUGAUAUUGUCCAAUCUUGAUGAAAUACUGGCAAGUCAAAUCUUGCAGCAAAGAAGCCAGUUCCUUAAAUAGACCUCAAUUUGCACCACUGCAGGAAGGCCACAAAGCCCUUAAAAUCACUUAACUGAAAUGGAAGAAGUUUCCUUUUUGGGUCCACUUUUCCCCCAAAGUUAAAAACAUUUUUACAGGACAAACCAAGCAAACUUCUGCUUCUCUGCCUCUUAGCGGAGCAACGUUAUAGUUAUUUUCACAUCUCUAAAUCUGGGGUGGGGGUGGGGGGAAUGUUCCUUUUGAAUAUUUAAUUAGCUAAAGGAUAACCACCUACUAAAAAGCAGACAUUCCUUCAUUUCAGGGAAAAGUUGCUAGGAAUAUAAAUGUCUGUGAUUUUUCUAAGAGAUCGAUUUUCCCACUCUUCUUAGGAGGGAUUUUUCUUUCGUUUCUCCUCAGCUUCUGUAAGAAGCAGAAGCAUUUACAGAAAAUACAGGACUCCUCUUCUAACCAACCCACCUGCCCCAAGCCAGCUAAAGUUCAUAACUGAUAGAUGGCAAACCCACUUUAGUUGUAUUUCUCUUUGUGUAUCCGUACCCAUUGCUGGACGCUGGUACAUCAUUUCCUCUCCUCAUCCCACCAACCACCCAGAGAUUUGACUUCUCAUCCGUGUACAUUAUCUGUAGUCAUACAAUAGCAGAAGCAUUUAUAAAAUAAUAUGAUGUGACUCAGCUGCAAAACGGAAACAUUCUCAGUGGAAGUUGGGCUCUGUUCUGCUCCUUCUCUACAGUACGGCCAAAAACAUUAUGGAUAUAUAUGCUUGUACAGAACUAUUAACUAUUAACUGUAGUUUUUUAAGAACUUUGCUGAAAUAACUAGACUAUAACUGCAACCUUGAACGUGCUUAUCCUACUUCAAUCUAGGGUCUAUAAAUAACCCAAAGGUUAUCUUUUUAAUUUAGUGCAGUGAAAGGAGACAUAAAUAAUUCUCCAUCUUUUAUCUCUCUCUGGCUUUGUCUCUUGUCUCACCUUUUCCUAAAAUUUAAUUUAAAAGUAGAGAAUAUUGUGAACCACUGUAGGAAAAAGCUUUGAAAUAUUUGACUCAGAAUGAGAUAUCCAAAUUGGAUUGUAAUUGAGGCUGUUUUUUUAAAAUAUUGGUAUCUGUUAGUAACUUUGUUCUUGGGAUCUUAAUAUUUAUAUCUACUUGUCACUAUUGUUAUGAAGGAGAAAAUAAGUUAUUCUUUUAAAUCUCAGCAUUUUAUGUUCUUGGGAGAGAGUAACUGACUGUUAACAGAAUGAAUCUAAUUACAGGUGAAUGAGCCUUGCUUGGUGCUCGUUUGGAGAAGCAUAUGGUGAUUCUUCCCAUGUGGUACUUGUCCUGUUCAUGCUAAUAAAUAUUCUUGGUUUUACUGGGUUUUUUA